AUGGCAUCCGACGCGGUCCCCCCGCUCGCCAUCAUUGGGCUAUCCUUCCAGUUUCCCGGAGAUGCAACGACUCAAGAUGCGUUCUGGAACAUGCUGGCUGAAGGUCGAUGUGCAUCCAGCGAGUUCCCCGCGGACCGAAUGAAUAUCGAUGGCCAUCACAAUCCCAACAGAGAUAAGUUGCACAGUGUGUCUUGCAGAGGAGGACAUUUCCUCACUCGUGAUCUCGCGGCAUUUGACGCGCCUUUCUUCAACAUCUCCGACACCGAAGCGAAAGCCAUGGAUCCGCAACAGCGCCUCGCCUUAGAGACCGUGUAUCGAGCUCUUGAGAACGCGGGCCUUCCGAUGAACGAGGUGGCCGGCUCAAAGACGAGCGUGAUGGCCGGUUCCUUCUGCAACGACUAUCAUGCAAUCCAGACCAAAGACACUUUGAAUAUUCCCAAGACGGCUACCAUGGGCAGCUCCCAGAGUAUGAUCGCAAACCGUAUCAGUUGGUUCUUUGACUUGCAAGGGCCAAGCGCAACGGUAGACACUGCCUGCUCGAGCAGUCUCAUGGCCGUGGAUUUGGCAUGUCAGUCGCUAUGGAGUGGUAAUGCGACGAUGGGAAUUGCCCUCGGGUGUAACGUCAUACUCGCCCCUGAGAUGACGAUCGGCUUGGAUAACCUUGGGCUUCUGUCCCGCGAUAGCCGCUGUUACAGCUUUGACAAUCGUGCCAACGGAUAUGCAAGAGGUGAAGGCAUCGGUGCUGUGAUUAUCAAACGUCUCGAUAAUGCCGUUGCAGCCGGAGACACUGUCAGAGCGGUCAUUCGGUCGUCGAGCUCCAACCAGGACGGCAAGACUCCGGGGAUCCUGCAGCCAAGUAAAGACGCGCAGGUCCGUUUGAUUCGUGACACCUAUCGGAAAGCCGGUCUUGACAUGCGGGCAACCAGAUAUUUCGAGGCGCAUGGCACCGGAACUCCGGUUGGCGAUCCCAUUGAGACUAGGGCGAUCGGAUCAGCCUUUCAAGGUUAUCGCUCAUCCGACGACCCACUUUACGUGGGCUCUGUCAAAUCCAACAUCGGCCACCUAGAGGGAGCAAGUGGUAUUGCGGGCCUGAUCAAAGCAGUUCUUAUCUUGGAGAAAGGGAUCAUUCCCCCAAACAGUAGCAAUUUGCAGACACUGAACCCUCAGAUUGAUGAGCAGUACCUUAAUCUGAAGAUCUUAACGCAUGCAAUUUCUUGGCCCUCGCCAGGCCUACGCAGAGCCUCUGUCAAUUCCUUCGGCUUUGGUGGCGCCAAUAGUCAUGUCAUUCUCGACGAUGCUUACAACACCUUUUGCAUGCACGGUAUCGAAGAUGGACGUCACCAGACUGUCAUCGAGCCUUCCUUGCUUCAUGACGCAAAGAUCCCAGUACAGGCAGAUGGUCAUCCUGAGAAUGGCACCGAUCCUCCGAGCCGCCUGAGAAAUGGCAUUGUGGUUCCCACAUCUGAACGUGCCGUUCUAGUGUGGUCUGCAGCAGAUGAAGCGGGCAUCAAAAGACUUGCUAACUCGUGGCGGCAGUAUGUUGCUGAUACGGAAGCGAUGGACCGCCCCACGGUAGCCACUAUACAAGACUUGGCUUUUACGCUGUGUGCGAGGCGGAGCCGACUGACAUGGAGGGCUUUUGCCGUUGCAAAGCCAGCGGAAGACUUGCACGUUACAAUGGAUAAGAUUAGUGCUGCUAUAUGCUCCAAGCCAAACCCACAUUUAGCCUUCGUGUUCACGGGUCAAGGAGCCCAGUGGCAUGCUAUGGGCCGUGAACUGAUUGAUCGAUACGAUGCCUUCAAAGACAGUCUACUUGAUUCGAGCAACUAUUUGAAGAGGCUUGGUUGUGCGUGGGAUGUUCUAGACGAGAUGCAGAGAGAUGAAGUUGACUCUCGAGUCAACGACCCGACGUUUGGACAGCCACUCUGCACAGCACUGCAGAUCGCUUUGGUAGAGCUCCUCCAAUCUUGGAAUCUCAGGCCUGAUGCAGUGGUUGGCCAUUCCUCUGGCGAGAUUGCAGCUGCUUACUGUGCAGGUGCAAUCACGAAAGGUUCUGCUCUGAAGAUAGCGUACUUCAGAGGCUUCCUCACCGGGAUCUUGGGGAAGUACCGUACUAUGACACCCGGUGCUCUCGCUGCGAUGGAGGCAAUGAAACAUGGGGACAAGUGUCAAGAUUGUGUGACGAGCAAAGUCCCGUUUGAUAUUUCCUGUUUUGAACGGUUCCAGAAAGCAAUCCCUGAAGAAGGUGGCGCAAAGGGCGAAUACUGUAAACGCUCUCUCGCAUGGCAGCUCACGAGGCAUCUGACCAGUGGUAUGCAUGGCGCUAUGCUCGCCGUGGGUAUGUCGAGCCGAGAAGUGCAGAAAUAUCUAGAGUCCGUGGCCUCUCACUUCCGUGAACUCAAGCUUGAAGUUGCUUGCAUCAACAGCCCCACCAGCGUCACUAUUUCUGGGCAAGCGAGCCAGAUCGACUUCCUUCAGCAGAUCCUAGUCGAGAACAAGGUUUUCGCAAGAAAACUUGCAGUCAAUGUCGCAUAUCAUUCAUCUCAGAUGAAGGAGAUUGCCGGAAUAUAUCAAAAGCUAUUAGCGGAGCUGGAACGACCAGCUAAAGCCAAGAAGCCGCCGGUGAUGGUAUCCAGCGUCUCAGGGACAUGGAUCUCGGAAGAGGAGCUUUCCAAACCCGAGUACUGGGUGAGGAACCUGGUUUCGCCCGUGUUAUUCGACGAUACUCUCUCAAAGUUGUGUACCCAACCAACAACAUCAACUCGAAGAUUCGAUGGAAGUCAUCGCCGCAAUGUCGCGCCAGACCACCUCCUAGAAAUUGGGCCUCAUUCCGCCCUUCAAGGUCCUUGUGGAGACAUUCUCAAGGCCGUGGGCAAGCAUGAUCAAAUCACCUACAUUCCACUUCUGCGCCGUGGUCGCUCUGCCGUUGACUGCAUGAUGCACGGGGCAGGCCGCCUGCACUGUAGCGGCUACCCGAUUGACUUGCUUUCAGUCAACAAUGGAGGUGAACCCGAGCCACAGCACAACAGUCGCGUGCUCGUCAACUUACCGGAGUACCCCUUCAACCACUCCAAGACAUACUGGUUCGAGAGUCGCAUCAGCAAAAGUUACAGAUUCCGUCGGUUCGGCCACAUGGAACUACUAGGUGUGCCUGACCCUGACGGAAAUCCCAUGGAGGCCCGCUGGAGAAAUAUCAUACGGCUUUCGGAGAUGCCAUGGGCGGGAGAUCAUAAGAUCAACAACAGCAUCCUGUAUCCCGGCGCCGGCAUGCUUGUCAUGGCUAUCGAAGCAGUUAAGCAACUGGCAGACCAGAGCCGGGGCAUCACAGGAUUUGACAUCAAGGACGUGGUCUUCUCGUCGGCUUUGCAGAUUCCAAGUCAUGCUGAUGGUGUUGAGGUGAGCGUUUACCUGAAGCGAGUCGGAAAUGCCAACAAGGAUGCAACGGGCUGGUUCGAGUACCGCGUUUGCACGUACAAUAAUGAAUCGUGGAUUGAGAACAGCUCGGGUUCAAUCCAAGCUCAUUAUGAGUCCGAUGUGCAGACGCCAAACAUCAGCGAUGGUGAAGAAGCUAAAUGGCAGGCGUCUCUUGUCGAGAAUGGCCAGCGUGCAAGCGAACAAUGUGCAUCGCAUGAAGACUCAGGCAGAUUUUAUGAAGGGCUGCGCAACUGUGGGUAUUACUAUGGGUCGAUGUUCAGAGUCAUUGAGGGCAAUGUUUCCAAGCAGUACGAUGGGAAAGCCAUGAUUGCAGAAGUCAAGGUCUUCAAACCUGACUGCACAACAGGAUCAGAGGUCUAUCCCGCGCAUACAAUCCACCCUACCACGCUAGACGGUGUGGUUCAAAUGAUGGCAGCGCUAGCCACUGACGCCGGACAGCGAACGAUUCCUGUCUCCGUGCCCACGAGCAUCACCCGACUCUGGAUCUCCAAUACAGGUAGACUAAGCUAUCCUUCGGCAGAACUCAUCAAAGUAUAUGCGACUUCCGUUCAAUCUGCUCUUGGCAGCACACAGUAUACCAUGACGGCAUUUGACCGCAACGUAUCCAAGGCUCUAUUGAACUUGGAAGGACUAAAAGUGACCUCAAUCGCGAGUCCAGAGAAUGUCUCACCCUCAGACCAAUUCAAGGCCGAUAAUUUAUGCCAUCACGUCGAAUACAAGCCAGACACUGAUCUUCUCACCAACCACGGAUUCCUAACUGCGUUUGGCAAAAAGGAACUCCAAGUUCAGGGCCCGGCGCAGCAUUUGCGAGAUAUGGAGUUCCUGAUUGCGACCUGCAUCAACAAAUACGCCGAUCCGCUCAGUGAGAUGGACAAAAGCAGUCUACCCCCUUACACGAUUUUAUACACUGAGUGGAUUCUGGAGCGUAAACGAUUACUGGAGCUAGAUGUGUCGGACUUCGGCUCAAUCGAGUGGCGGCAUCACAUGGACGACGAGGCCUACGUAACAGAGGUUCAUAGACGGGUCGAAAGCGCCAGCAAGCGAGGCCUUCUCGUGAGCACUCUCUGCAAGAACCUUAUGGAGAUUCUCAACGAUCCUUUGCCUCAUCUCUUCAAGGACAAUCUGCUUACCGAUGUGUAUUCUGAGAUGUUGUACGGCCUUCCAGCGGCAACAGCCCUCGCGAGAUACAUCGACGCUCUCGCCCACAAGAACCCUCGCAUGAACAUCCUCGAGAUCGGGGCUGGCACUGGGGCAAUGACUGAGCUCUGCAUCAAGGCCCUGGCAUCCCCGGAUAUAGAAAAUGCAUCGCGCUAUGCCAAUUGGGACUUCACUGACAUCUCCAGCUCGUUCUUCCCGGACGCCGUGAACCGCUUCGAGACCGAAAAGCGGCGGUUGAAUUUUCGUGUGUUGGAUAUUGAGCAGGAUCCAGAGACCCAAGGCUUUGAUUCGGGAUCGUACGACUUAGUUGUUGCUUUUCUGGUUCUUCAUGCAACAGCCGAUCUAGCAACCAGUUUGAAGAAUGUUCGGAAGCUUUUGAAAACGGGUGGGAAAUUGUUGCUUUUCGAGAUCACGCAUCCUGAUCCGGUUCGGGCUAGCUUUGUGUUCGGGCUUUUCGAGGGUUGGUGGCGUUAUGACUACGUCGAUACUUCAUGUCAUGAAGCGACGCUCAUCGUUGCGAGCGCUGUGUCUUCUGGUCCGAAUGCGGAGGCGACGAGGACCGAUAUGGCUCUAGCCAAACCUUCCGCGCCGUUCACCCAGAAGGAAGUUGGUAUCGUUCUCAACACGGCCAAUCCUCGUCAGGUCGAGCUUGCGAAUAUGCUAUCUGAGCUACUUGACCAGACUGGAGUUAGCGCCGUGAAGCGAGGUCUGGAGGAUAUCAAGAAACGAGACCUUUCUUCCGGUGUCCUGGAUAUCUCUCUCCUCGAUUUCGACUUUCCUUUCACAUACAACAUGAAGGCGGAAGAAUACGAAGGCCUCCAACGAUUGAUAACCACAACGACGAAUCUCAUCUGGGUUGACAGCGGGGGAGGUCAUGAACCCUCGCCUCAGUUUCGACUUGUUGACGAGGAAAGCACGAUCCUGCACCAGGCAGGGCAGAUUGCUAAGGUAUUCGAAGCCGUCACAUCAGAAGCAACGGACGUCGACACAGAGUACAGGGUGAUCGACGGGGUGAUCCACAUCGGUCGUUUGGUCGCCGCUCGAGGCAUCUCUCAGACCAUCGCCAGGAUGAAGCUACCACAGCAAAGAGAGCUCAGAGCAUACGGCGCAGGCCCACCGCUCCGCCUCGAAGUUGGCACGCCAGGUCUUCUGCAUACCCUCCAGUUUGUCGAGGAUAAAUCUUUACGUGACCCCUUGAAGCCGGACGAGGUUGAAAUCCAGGUGAAAGCUGUGGGCCUCAAUUUCCGCGACGUCUUGAUUGCCUUGGGCCGCCUGGAAAGCGACACGCUCGGUGCUGAGUUCGCGGGAGUUGUGGUCCGUGUCGGGUCCCAGUGCCAGCGGUUCAAAGCUGGUGAUAGGGUGGUUGUCUUCCAUCCGAGUCGCUAUGCAAACUACGUUCGUGUACGUGAGAACAUGUCUAUCGUCAAGAUCGCGGACGAGACUGUGCCAAUGUCAUUCGUGACUGCGGCUGCGAUACCUGUGGCCUUCACUACUGCGUGGAUCACGCUGACGCGGUUGGCGAGGCUACAAGCAGGGGAAUCGGUCCUUAUUCACUCAGGCGCAGGCGGCACCGGGCAAGCAGCCAUCCAGGUUGCUAUGUAUUGCGGAGCGAAGAUUUUCACGACUGUUUCGACGGAAGAGAAGAAACAAUUUUUGAUGGAGCGCUAUAACAUUCCAGGGAAUCACAUCUUCUCCAGCCGCAACACACUGUUCGCCAAGGGGAUCAAACGCCUGACAGGAGACCGGGGUGUCGAUGUUGUGCUCAACUCACUGGCUGGCGAAAUGCUUAUCGCAUCUUGGGAGUGCAUUGGGCCAUUUGGACGAUUCAUCGAGAUUGGCAAGAACGAUAUCCUAACGAACACGAAGCUUCCAAUGUUGCACUUUGAGAAGAAUGUGACCUUCACGGCGGUGGACCUUGCCGAGAUGGCGUUUGACCGUCCGCAGCUGAUUCAACAAGCUUUGACAGACAAUGUGUUCAAGUUGAUUGAAGCAGGCAAUUUGAAGAUUCCUCAACCGUUACAGGCAUUUGGCGUUGGAGAUCUUGAGCAAGCUUUGCGCCAUCUGCAGAGUGGAAGAAACUCGGGCAAGGUAGUGGUGGAACUUCGCAAUGAUGAGCAAGUCAUGACACUUCUGGAUACUACACCAUCCUUUGCAUUUGAACCCAACGCCACGUAUGUGAUUGCAGGCGGCUUGGGAGGCCUUGGUCGAAGCAUCGCUAGUUGGUUUGUAGAGCGCGGCGCUCGCAACUUGAUCCUUCUCUCACGUUCAGGUCAGAAUAACGAGCAUGCACGCGAGCUGGUGGCGAGCCUGGAGCGCCAGGGUGCCCGAGUCGUCACGCCAAUGUGUGAUAUCACGGAUCAAGCGUCCCUCAAAGUUGUCCUCAACGUCUGUCGUCAACUGAUGCCCCCGAUCCAAGGGUGCGUACAAGCAUCAAUGGUUGUCAAGAGCGGCAACUUCGAAAGCCUCGACUACGAUUCCUGGAAGGCAUGCACGGCGCCAAAAGCCCAGGGCUCCUGGAACCUGCACGAGCUUCUCCCGCGCGGCAUGGACUUCUUCGUCAUGCUCUCCUCCAUCAGCGGGAUCUGCGGCCCCCUGACCGAUGCCAGCUACGCAGCGGGGAACACGUUUCUGGACGGUCUGGCCCGGUACCGCGUCAGUCAGGGCGAGAACGCCGUCUCUUUAGAUCUGGGCCUCUUCCUGUCAGCUGGAUACUUCCGGGAGAACCCGGACAAGCGCAAUCUGUUCCUGGCCAACACCGUGUGGGACGAGAUCUCCGAGGCGGACCUCCACGGAUUAUUGGACAUCUAUUGCAACCAGAAGAGCUCGUCGCCGCUACAGAGUCAGGUCGUGGUCGGCAUCACGCCACGCACCGCGGAGACCGGUCGCGCCAAGGCCGACUGGAUGAAACGGUCCUUCUUCCGCCAUCUAUCUACCUUGCUCGAGACACCUGCGGAGGGACAGUCAGCGUCUGCGUCAGCUUCUGCGUCGGGCGACGGCAGCUCCAACCUGGCGGCCCGGUUCGCGGCGGCCCGGACGACGAGCGAGGCGGUCGAAAUUGCGCUCCAGGCGACACGGGAGAAGGUGGCGAUCAUGCUGUCGGUGCCGGUGAACGAGAUCGACGUGGACAAAGCGAUCCAUCAGUACGGGGUGGACUCGCUGGCGGCGGUGGAACUCCGGAACUGGUUUUCGCGGGAGCUGCAGGCGGAGAUUGCCGUGUUUGAUAUCCUGGGGGGUGCGAGUAUUGCGUCGGUGGUGCGAUUGGCGGUGGGCCGGGUUGGCGGCGUUGGCGGUGGUGCUAAGGGUGCGAAUGAAGUAUACACACUCCCAGCAUCCAGCAUCAACAACCUCUAUAAGAACAAGCAGAACAACAACCCCCCUACAUACAAACACAUUGCAUCAACAAACCCAAUCCCUCCCUUGCAAAAAUCCCCCAUAAACCCCUCACCCAAAACAAAAAGUCCAACCAUGCCGAAACCCAAAGUCCUCCACCUGGGCGACCCCAUCAAAUACAACCACGACCUCUACGCCCGCUUCGCCGCCACCUUCGACGUGAUUCGGCCCCCGACCGCCGAGCGCGCACGCCCGGAAUUCAAGCGCGCCCUGCAGGAGCGCCGCUGGGGCAGCUUCGACGCCAUCCUCCGGCCCUUCUGGAACACGGGCGGCGAGAUGGGCAACUGGGACGAGGAGCUGAUCGCAUUGCUGCCGGAGAGCGUCAAGAUCAUCGCCAGCGCGGGGGCCGGGUAUGACUGGGUGGAUGUAGAGUGUUUAGCGAGAUACGGAAUAACCUACUGCAACGGCGCCGCGGCGUCCAGCGAAUCCGUGGCAGACGCCACACUCUUCCUCCUCCUCUCCGUCUUCCGGAACCUGCGGUGGUCGCACGCCGCGGCGCACAGCCUCUCCCCCGUCGCCUUCCAGGACGCCCACACCUACUCCCCGCUAACGGCCAGAAACCCCUCCACCCAGACGCUGGGGAUCAUCGGCCUGGGCGCGAUCGGCCUCACCAUCGCCCGGAAAGCCAGCGCCGCGUUCCCGGGGAUCCGGAUCGUGUACCACGAUCUCGUCCGCAAGGCCCCCGAGGUUGAGGGAAGUAUCAACGCUACCUUCUCGGAAACGCUGGACGGAGUGCUGGGGGAGGCGGACUGCGUGGUCCUCGCUACCCCUUUCGCCGGCAGAACGCUAAUCGAUGCUGCCACACUUCAGAAAUUCAAGAAAGGGGGGAGAUUGGUGAAUAUCGCCAGGGGCGGGUUGGUGGAUGAGGAGGCGCUGGUGCAGGCGUUGGAGGAAGGGCGGAUCAGUGCGGUGGGGAUGGAUGUGCAUGCCCGGGAGCCGGCGGUGCAUCCGCGGUUGGCACAGGAUCGGCGCGUGAUGAUGCUCAGCCAUAAUGCGGGGGGCACGAUGGAUACGCAUGUGGGCUUUGAGCGGUUGGCAAUGGAGAAUGUUCUCGGGUUUUUGCUGCGGGGGAAGGCUCUGACGCCGGUGAAUGCGCAUUUGAUUGGGGAUGGUGGGGGUAAGAAGGUGAGGAGUUUGUUGUAA